AUGGAACUUUUCUCCUCCUUGGCCUCGGUUGUUUUUCUUUUCCUGGCUACCUUACCGGCCGAAAGGCUCACAGCCGCUGUACAAAUCGAUAGUUUAGAUUUCGACUGUCAAGUUGACAUCACAUCGCGUCGCGUCGCAUCCCAUCCCAUCCCAUCCCAACAGCUUCAAAGCGCUGAGAAGAGAGAGAGAAAGAGAGACGACGACCACGACGACCACGACGACCACGAUGACCACGAUGACCACGACGACCACGACGCCUUUCUUCUCCUUUUGCGCACUUCCUCUCUCAGCAAUCGAUCAGCAAUCUCGCCCUUUGGCAUCGUGUCAGAGCCGCCGUCGAUCCGAUCCGUUGACAGUCGAUUGGCUCCUCAAUGUUCCGAUCUGACUAGCAGGUUGGGUGCGAUCUCAACCCGAUUUUGCCGAUGGGACUCGGAGAUCUGUGGGAAAACGGUUCUAGAUCUCAAGCUCCUCUUCAAAGCUUGUUAG